AUGAAGAAAUACUCUGAAGAAAUAAGCAAACUGCUCGACAAAGGAGGCCGAGAGAUGGCAGCCAAGCAGUAUGAACAGGCGGUGGAGCACUAUUCUACAGCGUGUGAAUUGUCUAACUUGGAAUCAGGUGAAGAUGAUCCAGAUUUAUUAUACUUGUAUGGAUGGUCAUUAUUUGAAAAUGCGGUUGCGAACAGCGAUGUCUUGGGACAGAAUGCUGCCAAGAAGACACUGGAAGAGGAGAAUAAAGAGGAGAAGGAAGGGGAGAAGGAAGAGGAGGAAGAUGGAGGAAAGAUGCAAUUCAAUGAGACAUUAGCAGAAGAGGAGGAGAACGGGGAGAACGGGGAAGAGGAGAACGGGGAGAACGGGGAAAACGCAGAGAACGGGGAAAACGCAGAGAACGGGGAAAACGCAGAGAACGGGGAAAGCGCAGAGAACGGGGAAAGCGCAGAGAACGGGGAAAGCGCAGAGAACGGGGAAAGCGCAGAGAACGGGGAAAACGCAGAGAACGCAGAUAAUGAAGCUACUCAAUCAGACUUUGAAAUAGCCUGGGAUAUUUUGGAUCUCACCAGAACUAUUCUUCGAAAAGACAUUGAAAAUAUUGACGACAAUUCCGAACUUAGCCAUCCAUAUUUGAAAAGCGAUAAAGAUUCCGAACUCAAAAAUCAGACCGAUUAUGUUCUUAAGAGGAAGAAAUUGGCAGAUGUGUACUCACUUCUUGGAGAUAUAUCGUUGGAAACAGAGAACUUUCAACAGGCAGGAGCUGAUUUGAAAUCUAUGGUAGAUCUUAGAAAAGAGUUAUACCCAUUAGCUACAGGGGCAUUAACAGAAGGUUAUUACCGACUUUCUUUGGCACUAGAGUUUACAGAUCUUCCAGGAAGUAUCGAAGCGAUGAAGAUGACUAUGAAAUCAAUCCAAGAAAGAGCGAAAGAAGGAGAUAAAAUUGAUAAGGAUCUUAUGCAGGAGAUGGAACAGAGAUUGUAUGAGCUUGAGAAAGGUAACAAAAAUAUCAAGGACGAAAAAGAUAGGAUUAUGAAGGGAAUACUAGGCGACAUAGCACCUAGGGGUGGCUUGCACAAGGUUAAGGAGAUAAAGAAGGUAACUAAACCUGUUGUUAAUGAUCUUACAUUUCUGGUGAAGAAAAGGAAGUCCAAUUCUCCCAUAGAUGAUAAAUGUAUGAAGAAGAGGACGGGGCACUCAAGCACCCACACUAACUAA